AUGAGCAACUUGGACCGCACACAGUCACUCCUGUUUGCCUACAAGCAGUACAAGCGAGACACGGAAUACAUCGCAGGAUGGCUGGCAGAGACAUCACGUAUCGCUGACUAUGCUUUAAAAGAGCAAGGGGAGCGCACCCAAUCGAAGCCCAAGAAACGAAGAAAAGACAGGAAGAAAGCCAAGCGAGAUGGCGGCGCGAACAGCGGCCCGCAAUACCUCAUCAAAGUUGCCGAUUUCGUCCCAAUGGCGGAGUCCAUCGCCAAGGCCGAAUCAGACGUUCUUGUUCCCGUCUCGAAUUGGUUCAAAUUCAAGAUCGACGCGGACACGGAGAGCAACAAACGCCAUCACUAUUUCAUCACCGUCUUGGAAGACGCAUUUCGAGUGCUGCGACCCUUCAUCUCCACUGGCCCGCACCCUGCGCGAGCCGGCGAUGGGAAGACCAAUCCCGAAGCAAUGGCUUUUGAGAAUCGCUUCGCUACCCUGACUAUCGGAGAGGCGGCCGAAAUGGCGGAUGAGCUCGAGGCCGAAGAUCUGGCACUCCCGGACGUAGUGCACGUGUUACUCGAGAAGGACGACGAAGAGCUGGAAGAAGAGUUAAAGCUCGCAGUCAGUGUCUUCCUUGAAGGGCUCCAGGCCAUGCAUGGCGUGGCCUGCGAGCAAUGGAAGAAAUACAAGAGCGGUGAGGUGGAUUUGAUCGUAGCGGCAAUGGUUACCGAUGCAGCGAUCAAGCUUGCGCAAAGAGCAGAGGCCGAAUUUGACCUCGUCGUCGUGCACCGACCGCAGAAGUAUUCAGCCUCCACUUACCCGUUGUGGAAGCUCCUCGAAGCGUUUGCCGAGCCCCCCAACACCCAAGAAGAAAGCCAUGACCAUGAUGCUCAAAAGACUGCGACCUUCUGGCCUACACAUGCAGGCCUUCGGCUGUACUUAAACAAGCUCUCCAGGGCGGACCCACGGAAAAGCAUCCCUUCGAUUGUUGCGAGGGAGCUCGAAGAUGCCCAUGCACACACUGUCCGAGCCGCUGAAUUCGCUCAGAUGAUCCAUAUCACCUUCGGCAAGCGACCACAUGUAUGGGACCUGGUUUCGAAGGGCAUCAUGCACAUGCUCGAAAAGCGAGAGAUGUCAGCAUGGGCUACGCUGACGCUGCAAAUACAUCUCGACUCACAGGACAUCCUUGGCGACGAAUGUGCUCGCACCGCCUAUGUGCUCAACCUGCAUGCACAAAAGAUGAUCGAGCUAUACAAUGAUGUGUUCGAUUAUGACAGCCCCUUCUUACCGAAGCCAAAGCAUGAGAGUGAGAGGGGUAAUUUCGUGGCGUGGGUGUGCGGGGACUUGCCCGACGCUCUUGAAGAUUGUAUAACUUGGGUUGUUCAAGAUGGCUUCGGCGAGCAGUGGAGAACGCUUUUGAACAACCCAAAAGUCGCAUCGCAUCCGGUUCUGAAGACGCUACGCAGCGAACCGAAAUUUUUCCUCCGUCAUCACCCGCUACUUUGUGGUAUGAUCAAAUACGAUAUUUACCGCAAGUGCCAUGCUGCCGGCUUGAGGUAUGAGGCGCAAACGGAUGGGGUCAACAUGCUGGCCCACAUAUACGUUACCGGAGGCCUAGAAGCGACGAUUCGAAACGGCAGUGAAGGUCGCGAUGAAGAGUGCUUUUGGCCAGACAUGGAAUUUGUCCUCCAAGCUCAAGAUCCGGAAUGGUUGUUUGUUGGCGGAUUCCCCAAGUCCCUUGAAGAGGCACAGAGAAAAUUCCUCCUUGCCGCCGGGUCGCCCGCCACCAAUCAGGCAAGGGACAUUCCUCUCAAGCGUCUCAAGGUCAACUUGAAGAACAUACGCCAAUUCAGAGACUACAGUGUCUUCGGUGAGGGAGUCAACCGUCCGGCUGAUGCGGGCACAAGAAGCGCAGACGACAUGAUCACGCGCCUUCUCCAAAUGACAAAGGCAGGGUGGCCGUGGGGAAGAAUUGCGAAGCAGCUCAUGGGCAGCGAACAAGCCCAAGGCCCAACGACGUCACCGAUCGGCGACCAAAAGAACGUAACUCCUCCGGAAUUGCUCGGGAAUCUUGGCCUGUGGCUACAAGCGGAUACACCGGACUUGUUCUUCGAUUGGCUUCGCAUGCAGCUCGUAUGCGGAGAUAUAUGGAAGGAGAUCUUCUCCCGUGUAGAAAGAUACCCUCACUGGGACCGCGAGGCCUCGCAGCUCGAAAAGCCCGUUAUAGAACCCGAUAUCGAUAUCCUCACCCGCGACAAAGCCUACCCUACCUUUCUUCAAGAGGCGUUUGGCGCGGUAAAGGCUCGUAUCGACAGUCGAGUGGGCGUACUAGGAGGUGACACGUGUCUCUCUGCACUCGCCAUGUACCAUAAACGAACUGCGAGACAGCUUGACCGGGUUCCAGGCCCGCUCAGCAUCGCCAACCUGUACAGAUACUGGCCUGAAGAAAAAUGGCGUCCAUACUGGGAACGCAUGAAGUCAGAGCCGGAAGAGGAG